AUGCAGAAUGAUGAGGUUACGUGGGGUAUUCUCAACAAAUACUGCAGUUAUAAGGCCGAAAUCGAAACCGGAAAAUUCUGCAGAAAUCCUGACAAUGUAACGGGAAGUUGCAACAGAAUCUCUUGUCCUCUUGCUAACAGCCGCUAUGCCACCAUUAAAGACCACGAUGGUGUAUUUUAUUUGUAUAUGAAGACGAUAGAGAGAGCACAUAUGCCAAAAGACUUGUGGGAGAAGAUAAAGUUGCCAUUAAACUACGACAAGGCUCUUGAAACCAUUGACAAGCACUUAGUGAGUGAGCUUUUAGAUUGA